AUGCAGGAGGUAGAACGGAGGUGUGGUGCUGUGAGAGGAAGAAUGCAUGCCGGCACUGCGAGAGAAAGAGAGCGACAGAGAAGGAGUCGGCGCCGAAGAAGAGUCAGAGGACAUGGUUUUCGUCGAGGGGUAAGGAUUGAGUUCGGUGAUGGAAAGGGAGAAGAAGGUAGAGAAGGAGAUGAGGAAGGUGAGGCCAAUGUUAAUGGAGGAAGGGUUGAGGUUGGUUAUGGAAAGGGAGAAGAAGAUGGAGAAGGAGGUAGGGGCGGAGAUGAUACGGUGGCAGAAAGAGAGAGAGGAAGAAUUGGGGUCGUGGUUGGGAGGGAGGGUUCUGAAGAGGGGCAGAAAGAAAGAGAUGAAAGGGAAGAAAGGGAGAGAUACGGAGACAGGAUGGGAGCGGGGGUUAUAGUGCCAAACCUGACAGAAAAUUCGGACGACAACUCCUGGAUUAGUCUCUCUGUUGCAGAUACUCAGGAGGAACAAUUCGAGGGAUAA